GUUGAAUGAUUGGAUCGUUUCUCCAUGCGUCAGUCCGAGAAAAGGAAAUGCAUUUGUCGUUAGCCAUACACUGCACACAUCCCACACGAACAAACCCAGUACACAUCUGCCCAUCCAUCCAAUCUGUCCCAAUCAAGGAAGCCAUAUACACACAUCUGUCCAAUCUCACCCCCACUGGCAACCAACCCACAAACACGCCAGUCGGCACACAGCACACACCCCUCUAGCCACCCCUCGGCACUCUUGGCACAUCGCAACACUUACUCAUUCCCCCGCCACGCAACUGCUGACCCCCUCCCCGCACACCCACACCCGCAGCCACUCUCAUUCCCACUGCUCCCCCACCAAAGAUCGGCGGCGCCACACCCCCCGGCAGCACCGGACGCUGCAUCGGCACGGGCAUCAUGACCAUCGGAGGCUGCAGUCUCCCAACUCCCUCGAUCUGACAUUCACAAACAUCAAACGUAUCACCCAUUCACUCAGAUUCGUCUGUCCACCCUCCCCACACUGCCCACCGUCGGAUGUGUCAACGUGGGGUUGAUCGAAGGCCCCAGGUAUGGUGGCGCCAUGUGCACCGGGGGCGGCCUGGGGAGGAAGUUCUGCUGCUGCGCCAUGAUCGGUGGCAUCAUGGGUGCGUGAAUGGGUGAUGCGAAUAGUGGCGUACAGAGGGGAGGCGGAGCCAAUAAGGGCCGAUGCGGUAGGGGUGGUGGUGGCGGACCGCCAUGGACUGGCGGGAAGGGCGGUGAUGGCGCUGAGCUGGGGACCUGCUGGCUCGCACCAGUCAGGCGCUGCGACACCUCGCCAAGUUUCACAACAGGCUCCGCUGCACCAACAGGAGCCUCAACUCUGCACACAGACACAGACACCCACGCACAGCGAGAAGCGGCAAACAGAGAGAAUGGCACUACCACCCAUCUUUCUUGUGCAAUCACAUUGUUUUACCUAUUGGGUUCUGGCAUAGCACUGGGCGGCGAUAGCUGCGCGCUCUGGUUGCCAGGGGAGCCAAACUUGGGUGUGACGUAGGAAGCCUUCGGCCCAGGGGGAGGCGGCAGUACCCGACCAGCCAAAUUUGGCGGAGGCGAGGGAACACCCACCCAUUGCACCGACCCCUCUCUCUCUUCUCCACGCCCUCCACCCAACACAGCCACCCGCAGAUGGGGCGGCGUGACCACUCCUGCUGGCCGGGGAGUGGGCGUCAGCGGCACGCGCGGAGGAGAUCCCCCCUGCUGCUGCUGUUGUUGGGGUUGCUGCACCUGCAUGGCCGCCUGUCGGUGGUGCUCGGACAUGAUCAGGUUCCGAAGAUCGACCCCUUCGGCCCCGUUGACUGCAAAGAACACCACAGCACAGACAAAGGAAUGAAUGGCAUGGGUGGUGGGUGAGGCGUGUGUGUGACUAACCCAUGCGCAGACGUCCGCCCGCUCCGGGUAUGGGGGGCGGCUGCUGCUGAUGCCACGGCCCGCUAGCCGAGUGAAGCGGCUCGCCAGAGAUGGAGCUGCGCGUGGGGAUGGACUGGUCGGUACCCACUGCCGCACCACCGCCGCCGGCGUGAAACGAAGAACGCGCCACCGACACCAUGCCCUCGCUCCGCUGCUGCUGCUGCUGGUGGUGGUGGUGCUGCUGAGAGGUCGUGGCCUGCGCCGCGGCCAUGUCGCCUGCCUCUUGGGUGCCUCGUGGCUUGGUGAAGGUGGGCAGCUCGUGAGCGGCCGGGGGAGGGGGUGGCGCCAUCGACUGGUGUGCGAAGGGCUGCUGGUCGGGGGGCGACGGAGCGAAGCCAUCGACAGCAGGCCACACAGCGAUCUCCUGUUGCGGACGUUGCUGCUGUUGCUGCACAGACGGGUGGAAGGCCGCCAUGGAGUGGCCAGCCGGGGCCUGAUCCGACGGCGACUGAUCCUGGACCGGUGGCGGGCAACGCGGCAGAGGUGCGCUGGCGACGCGUUUCUUGGUGGUGACGCCGCCAAAGUCCCCACUGUGCGGCCGCUGGGUGGUGGAUGUGGCAUCGGCGCCAAACUGCUGCUGCUGGGAGAGCAUCGCUGCCUGACCGGCGAGCUGCUCUUGCGGCUGGGGGAGCUGCAGAUUCGCCGACAGCUCGGUCUCUCGCGUCUUGAGCUCGUCUAUCUGUCGGAUGCUCUCCAUCAGCUCCAAUUGCAGCGAUGACUGCAGACAUACAUAUGUAUGUGUGUAUGUGUGUAUGUGUCAGGUAGGCGUAGGUUGGUUGUGUGUUGUCGGUACCUUUUCUUCCGUGAGUUGCUUUGUCUCUUCCUGCAGAGCCUCGACAACAAUGCCCCCAUCAUCAAUCUGUCCAAGAGACCCACACAUACACAUUCUCACCAUAUGGUGGGUGUCUUUAGUGGGUGUGAGCUCUUCCCCUACCCUCUCGGUGUGUCGCUCUCCAUCACCCACACCGUCGGUCUGCGUCUCCAUCACAGCAGUGUCCGGCCGCCGGGCUGCAGGCACAUCGGCAGUGGACUCCCAGUUGGCGGCAGGGACGUUGGGCUGUGUGCUGACGGCAGCAAGGUCAGAUUGGAGAGCCUUCACCUUCUGCACCAGUCCCUCCUGACAGACACAGCUCAGCCAGAAAGGGAGUGUGUGCUUGUUGUUUAUUGGCUGACUGCUGGUUCGGGAGGCACCUACCUUAUCGCCUUGCAGCUCUUGGUUGGCCGCGACCAGGGAUGCCCUCUCCUCAUCCAGAUCCCGAAUGCGCUGCUCCUGCUGUGUCGACACAGCAGCAGUGUCGCGGAGGGCGAGGAUCUCGGCUUCCCUCUCCUGGAUGAUGUCGUCUUUGUCCUUGACGACGCGUUCCAAGUCGAUGGCCUUCUGUUCGAGCUGAGCCGCCGCCGCCUCGUUAUCCUGCUGCAUGCUGCUCAGCGCUUCUCGCAGCUUCUCGGCCUCAUUCAGCUUGGUGCUCAACAAGGUCUGACAGCCACACACACACACACACAGAGAGAGAGAGAGAGAGCCUCCUUUCUUUCGAGUGGCUUGUCGUUGGUGUCAGUCGGUCCACCUGUUCCUGCAGCAGUGCGGUGUUUUGUUGUUUGAGGGUAUCCAGCUCCUUGGCUUGCUCUGCUGCUAGGGUCGAGGCGGCAAAUGUGCGCAAAUCCUCCUGAGAAUCCCACACACGCACAAACACAUACAGACACACGUGUGCAUGCCAUGCCACGCACUGUCAGCAUUCGGCGUGUGAAGGUGGGAGGGAAGGAACAUACCUCUUCGCGGCUAUUCCGUCUGAGGGUCUGCAGCUCCUCCCUCAGUGUGUGCAGCUCCUCCCUGAGUGUCUGUUGAGACUGUUUGGUGGCGUCGAGCUCCUCCGCGAGCGCUAUGCGGGACUUCUCGCUCUCCUGCCGGGCUUUCUCGCUCGCCAGCCACCCUUCCAUCAUGCCCUCGCCCCGGCGGUACGCCUCGACCUCCCGCUGCUCGAUCCGGUCCCGCAGCUCGGUCUCCUGCUGUUGGGACUUCUCAGACAGAGACUGGAUCAUCGCGGCCUGCAGCAGACAACCAUCCCGAUCCCUCGCAUCUGACAUCCAUGGGUUGACCGUCGCAUCCCCUCCCUAUUCACCUUCUCUUCCCGCAGGGCGGCGAAUUGUUGCACCCAGCGGUCGGUUUCGGCCCGGCGCUCGUCAUGCUCCUGCUGCAGAUCCGCCGACAGCUCGGUCUCCCGCGUCUUGAGCUCGUCUAUCUGUCGGAUUCUCUCCAUCAGCUCCGACUGCACCGAUGACUGCAGACAUACAUAUGUAUGUGUGUAUGUGUGUGAGGUACGCGUAGGUUGGUUGUGUGUUGUCGGUACCUUUUCUUCCGUGAGUUGCUUUAUCUCUGCCUGCAGAGCCUCGACAGCAAUGCCCCCAUCCUCAACCUGACCAAGAGACCCACACAUAGUGCACGACGUGCAUUCUCACCAUAUGGUGGGUGUCUCUUUAGUGGGUGUGAGCUCUUCCCCUACCCUCUCGGUGCGUCGCUCUCCAUCACCCACACCGUCGGUCUGCGUCUCCAUCACAGCAGUGUCCGGCCGCCGGGCUGCAGGCACAUCGGCAGUGGACUCCCAGUCGGCGGCAGAAAGGUCGGGCGGUGUCCUGACGGCAGCAAGGUCAGAUUGGAGAGCCUUCACCUUCUGCACCAGUCCCUCCUGACAGACACAGCCCAGCCAGAAAGGGAUGAUGUGGUGUAUGUUCGUUGUUUAUUGGCUGACUGCUGGUUCGGAAGGGCACCUACCUUAUCGCCUUGCAGCUGUUGGUUGGCCGCGACCAGGGAUGCCCUCUCCUCAUCCAGAUAUCGAAUGCGCUGCUCCUGCUGUGUCGACACAGCCGCCGCCGCCGCCUCGUUAUCCUGCUGCAUGCUGCUCAGCACAUCUCGCAGCUUCUCGGCCUCAUUCAGCUUGGUGCUGAACAAGGUCAACCACGACGCCUGGAAGCACAAACACCCACACACACAGCCACACACACACACACACGCACAGAGAGAGAGAGAGAGAGCCUCCUUUCUUUCAAGUGGCUUGUCGUUGGUGUCAGUCGGUCCACCUGUUCCUGCAGCAGUGCGGUGUUUUGUUGUUUGAGGGUCUCCAGCUCCUUGGCUUGCUCUGCUGCUAGGGUCGAGGCGGCAAAUGUGCGCAAAUCCUCCUGAGAAUCCCACACACGCACAAACACAUACAGACACACGUGUGCAUGCCAUGCCACGCACUGUCAGCAUUCGGCGUGUGAAGGUGGGAGGGGAGGAACAUACCUCUUCGCGGCUUUUCCGUCUGAGGGUCUGCAGCUCCUCCCUCAGUGUGUGCAGCACCUCCCUGAGUGUCUGUUGAGACUGUCUGGUGGCGUCGAGCUCCUCCGCGAGCGCUAUGCGGGACUUCUCGCUCUCCUGCCGCUCUUCCAACAGGCCCUCGAUCUGGCCCUGCAGCUCGGCCUCCCGCUGUUGGGACUGCUUUACCAAGGCAUUCUGCAAGCCACACAGACAGACGGAACGGACUUGGCAACACGUAAGAGCGACACGCUUUUGUCGACUGGCGUUGGACCCUCUCUCUGAGCAGUCUGUCGAUCUCCUGCUGCAACUCCGAGAUCUCGACCUCAGUGACGUCGCUGAAUCGACACAACAGAACAGGAGAGCACAGCACCUUUGUUGUCGAUCGAUCAAUGGAUGGAAGAUCUGCCUGAGUGAGUCUGUCUACCUGCGGGUGUCAUCCUCGUCGUCGUCUUCGUCCUCCCAAUAAGUACGAGGCAUCCACCCCCACCGAGGGCCGGGCUUGUGCCAGAACAUGAGAGCAUCCCUCGCCCUCUCAGCCUGACACACACGCGUAUAGUGGACAUAACAUAGAUAGUAUGACUAAGGAAGUGCUCCUCUGUCUGCACGCACGUGUGUGCGACCGACCUGCUGCCACCCUUGCUGGGCGUCUUUUAGCUGCUCUUGCAGCUGGGCCACUCGCUGCCGUGCGGCGUCUGAAACACACAAAGCCACAUCACCAACACAAAUUUCGGUGUGUGAUGCGUGGAGGCUCCUGGGGGACGCCUUUGCUCACCCAGCUCCUGUUGCGCCUCCGCCCAGAACUCGCUAAAAUGUGCGGCCGACUGCUGGACGCGCCUGCAUUCAUUCAUCAGUCCAUCCAACAAACACAGUCAUGUACGUACAUAUCGAUGGGUCGGCUUCACUCUCCUCUCCACAUGAUGUGUCUGCUCACUCGUAUUCGGCCUUCAGCUGUUCAAGCUCGGCGCGUAGUGGCGCCUCAACCUGGUCGCUCUCACUUCUGCAUGCACACACCAGGCAACGAUAUGAUCAGUGAGUGACGUGUGCGUGUCGGUGCGCGCCACAAUUUCAACAUCGCAUACACACCGACGUACCUGGCAGCAGCAGGGGCAGCAGCAGGGGCAGCCAGGGGGGUGUCGGAGGACGCUGCGGGGCGACACAGCGGAGACAAUGCGAGGGCGGCGUCGAUGGCAGCCUCGCACGCCGCACGCUCGACGUCUUCCGUGUCUUCUGCAACCUGGGCCCUCGCUGUUGGGGUGGUGGUGGUGGUGGUGUUGGUGGUGUUGGUGUUGGUGGAGGGGGAAGGUCGGGAGGCAGCCGCGUUGCUGAUGCGCAGGGAAGGUUUGCGACUGCGCUGACUCCCCAUCAUGCCGGACGGGCCGGGAGGGGGUGGUGGGGGCGGCGGGGGCGCGGGAGGUGCAGAGGACGACGACGCAGCACCUGCUGCUGCUGCUGCUGCUGGCUCCUUGGCGUCAGUGGACGGCACAGCAGAUGGGGGACGGGGAGGCGACACAGGCUCCGGCGGGGCAGGCCGAUGCACUGGUGCUGGAGGGACGGCACUAGCGCGGCCGCCUGCUUGAGCGGAUUCCUGCUGGGCAGGCGGUGGAGCUGCAAACUGUCCCGGUGCCUUGGGGCGAGCGGUGGCCUCCGCACCAGCCUGUCUCUCGGCCGGUCCACUCGACGGCCCUCCCUCCACCUCGGUCUCAUCCGUCACGUCUGCUGGACCAGGGUGCCCCUCCUCUCCCCCCUCCCUGGCCCGCCCAGCAGCGCCAGCCCUCCCACUGAGAGAGACGGCUCCGGCCGCCUCCUGGCGAGUUUGCUUCCUGACGUCCUUGAUGGAGCUGUUGAAGAUGCGGAGCGACGGGUGCCACGACGGCCGAGGCUGCCCUGCAAACGGGAGGGUCGGCGACAUGUGGGAUGUCGGGGGUCCGUCGUCUCGCGGACCCACGCGAUGAGGAGGUCCACGAGCGGAGCCGAACAACUCGUCCCCGUGAUCGAAGCGAUCGUACUGGCCCCCUCCUCCCGUGGUGCCUCGGGGGCCCUCGGCAACCACCGCCACCACGGGGAUGCGGCGGGUGGUGCAGGCGUGAAGGAUGAUGAUGGCCCCCACGUUGGUCGUCCCGCUCCCUCUCGACCCUCUCCCGACCCACCUGCUGGUGCUGCGCCCCCGGUGGCGAUGACUGACGGCUGUCGGAACCGGACAGUGAUCGGGCCGCCGCGGCCUGACCCCCAUCAGCAGGGAGCGGAUCCAUGGUCCCAACACCGAUCUCACGCAGUCGGGGCAUCUCCUCAGUGGCUGGUGCGUGGUAAGGCAGCAACUCAUGGGCGUGAGGCGCCGUUGGCGGCUGCUCCCCGGGCGUCGGCAGAAUGACCGGGGGGGGAAAGGCACCGUGACCUCUCGCCUCGUCCGUCGGCGCCUUCUGCCGCUGCUGCUGCUGCUGGUGGUGGUGCUGAGAGGUCGUGUCCUGUGCCGCGGCCAUGUCCCCUGCCUCCUGGGACUCUCGUGGCUUGGUGAAGGUGGGCAGCUCGUGAGCGGCCGGGGGAGGGGGUGGCGCUAUCGGCUGGUGUGGGAAGGGCUCCUGGUCGGGGGACGACGGAGCGAAGCCAUCGACAGCAGGCCACACAGCGAUCUCCUGUUGCGGACGUUGCUGCUGUUGCUGCACAGACGGAUGGAGGGCCACCAUGGAGUGGCCAGCCGGGGUGUGGUGGGCCUCUGGCGGCAGAUCCGACGGCGACUGAUUCUGGACCGGUGACGGGCCGCGCAGCAGAGGCGCGUUUGCGACGCGUUUCUUCGUGUUGACUCCGCCAAAGUCCCCACUGUGGGACCGCUGAGUGAUGGGUGUGGCGUCGGCGCCAAAGUGCUGCUGGGGGUGCAUCGCUGCCUGACCAGCGAGCUGCUGCCCUUGGGUCUGGGGAAGAUGCUGUUGCUGUUGGUGCUGCUGGGCUGCCAUGGACUGGCUGGCGAUGCCUUGCAUCGCAGCCUGGUGGAGGCAUGCGGGGAAGCCGGCGUGUCCGAACGCACCGUCCUGCUGGGUGACGGCAGCAGCGGCCAUGGGACUGGCCGUGGGGGACAUGCACACGGUCGCCUGGGUCACGUCACCACUCUGACUGUACGCGUACUGCAUACCUGAUAGAUAGGCACAAACAACACAUACAUAGCACAACACAACACAACACACAUAUGACAGAAUAACGGUGUGUGUGUGUGUGGUCCGCCUCUCUUCCUGCCACCCUCCCAUCUGUCUGUCUGUCUGUCUGAUUUAUGAGUCCAUCGCUCACCCUGCAUAGAUCCAUUCAUCCAUUCGCCCAUGCCAAUCUGCUGGAAGUACAACUGACCAGACAUCUCGUCAACACCACCGCCGCCCAGCCCCGUCCCCCACCCCCCAGUAUACGGAGCAGCGUCGGCAUUCAGGCCACUUGAGCUCGCACUCGCCCAACCCUCAACCUGGACAAGACCUCCCCCAUGCUGCUGCCAUUGGGGGUGCUGGGGCUGCCGUGCCGCGGCCAUGUCGCCUGCCUCUUGGGUGCCUCGUGGCUUGGUGAAGGUGGGCAGCUCGUGAGCGGCCGGGGGAGGGGGUGGCGCCAUCGACUGGUGUAGGAAGGGCUGCUGGUCGGGGGGCGACGGAGCGAACCCAGACGCUGCUGCAUCCUGAUGAGGUUCUCCUCCUCGUUCUCAAACAUCGGUCCAGAAAACUGCGGCGGACUGGGCGGCCAAUCAUAGGGCGACGCGGGCGACUCCUGGGACACAUGAGCGCGUGUGUACCACUCCUGGGGGGGUGGAGGGGGUGACUGCCCGAACGGCGGUGGGGCGUGCGAUGGAGGGGGCGGCUGCUGAGACUGACGGACGGCCCCCUCUGCCGGGCUGCUGCAAUGCUGCUCGGGCCGGCGGGGGUAGGGCGACUCAGGGGGCGGCUGGUGGUGCUGCUGGCCCACCCUCAUCUGCGAGCCACCGUGCUGCAGCCCCUGCAUGUGCUGUUGCUGCUGGAAGGGCUGGCUCUGCGGGAAACCCUUGGUGGGAUGGUUGCCGGAGACGGGCGGCCGAUAGCCCGCCUGCUGGGGUGACUGGGAGCCAUGUCCUGACCGGUCGGCGCCUGGUGGAUUGAUGGGGAUGGCCCCUCGGUCGCCCGGCCUAUCACCACUGUCGCCCUGCCUUCCCGGAUAGUGUGGAAGGUGGUACCCCCCUUGCUGCUUCAUGGCCUGCUGCAGACUGCGGGGAAUCACCUCGGGCCCAGGAGUGGGCAGCAGAUGACCUUGCGGCCCGUCCGGCCGUCCCGGUCCCAUGCCGGGCGGCCCAGAGCCCCGGCCUCUGGGUGGGGGAAAGCCACCCCUCGGUGUCGAGAAGGGGAGGGGAGGCGGGCGUGGAGGGCCGGCCUUGCUGGCGUGCUGCUGCACGGCCCUCUGCUCGUGACCUGCAUUGCAUUGCAUGCACAGAAGAACAGACCGCCGACCAUAAUAUGGAUGCCAUGCCGGGUAGGCGCGUGAGAGUGAGCAUGAGUGAGUGAGCACGCCCCACCCCACCCCAUGCCACCGACCUGUGUCGUCAUCCUCCAUCAUGUCUGCCCCCUUCCUGGGGCCGACCGUGGCCUGCUCCUGCAGCUGUCUGUGCCACUCCUGUGGCGGCGGAGAGGGCGAGUGGCCGUACGGCGGUGGGGCGUGCGAUUGGGGUGGCGGCUGCUGAGCCGAGUGCAAGCACACGGGGCACUCCAAGUCGUCAACCGACUCCUUCACACCAAAAGGGCCAACAAAUACAAGCCCUCCCAUGUAUUUGUUGGGCGUGCUUCUUACGUGCUCUUCUCGCCGGGUCAACAUGUCCUGCGGAACAAACACACACAACAAGCACCAAGAUGACACACCGUUCGGUCAGUGAGGCGUGGGCUGGUCGGUUGUUCAGUGAGGCGUGGUACUACCAGUCCUCGCACCUCAGUGUUGGUUCCACAGUCGCUACACUGUGCCUGAAACGCACUCAUCUCCUUGAACCGACGCGUCUGGGAUCACACUACAUACGUGGGAUAGACUCUUAAGUGCGUAAUCCA